ACUGGACAUAGAUUACCCCUCGAAACAAGAAGAUGGAAAACUACCUAUACUAGAUUUGAAGUUUGGGUAGAGGACAGAGAGAAAGAGGAGCAAGGGCGAGUGAAGAAAGUGUCGACAAUUUUGUACGAAUAUUACAGGAAGGAUGUUGCUUCAAAAGCGGUAAUUAAUGCAAGGUCAGCACUGUCGUGGAGUACAAAGAGAACACUACUGACACAGGAAGUGCUGAGAGUAUUGCUAAACUGCAGUAAGUUAAUACCGUGGGAGAACGUUGUGCAAAUGGUUCAGGAGAUGGUAUUGAGAAUACAGUAUUCGGGGUAGAGCAAGACGUUUCGAUAUGAGGUGGUAGACUCGGCGCACAAGGCCUACAGAGUAAGGCAAGACUAGGAGGAGGAAGGAAUAAGACCGCGAUGCAUAGACCUAAGAGUUGGAAUAAGAAUGAACGAGAACAGGCGAAGGUAUGGAAGGAGAAUUGGUAGAAGAAAAAUGGUGAUGAAUCUGUAAUAUUUGUGCCACCAACACCAGGAUAAGAGUUGCAGAGGAGAUAUCAAAAAGAAAUUAAGAGACAAGGGUUUAAGAUCAAGGUAGUGGAGAAGUCAGGUGCCACCCUCAAACAUAUGUUACAGAAGACGGAUCCGUGUAGAUCGCCAAGAUGUAACAGAGUUAACUGCCUUGUGUGCCGUACAGAAGGGAAAGGAAAGUGUGAUCGAGAAGGAUUCACGUAUGAAAUUAAAUGUAAUGGAUGUGAUAGUGAAUACAUAGGACAGACGGCGCGUAGCGCAUACACAAGAGGAGUAGAGCACGUAGAAGCACUAGAGAAGAAAAAUGAGAGAUCAGUGUUAUGGAGACAUUGUGAAGAGAAACAUGACAACGAGAUACAGGAGUUCAGAAUGAGCGUAACAGGAAUGUAUAAUAAUGACGUUAUGGCAAGACAUAUAGCAGAAAGCGUAAGAAUAAGUAAAGUGCCAGAAGGUAAAUUAAUGAAUACAAGAGAGGAAUGGAACUUCUUCCAGCUUCCCAAAGCUGUAGUGGAGGACUGAUGCGAGUUUUGGUAGAAAGGACAAAUGAAUGAUAUAUACACCAAGUACUGCAGCGAUAGACUAUUUAAUAAGUAUUACACCAAGUACAUAUUAUAUUUUAAAGAUGGCGAACAACUGACGAGGUUUUAUACGAAAUAUAUUUUGUGAGCAAUUUGUUUAGUAAAUAUUUUUAAUUUUAAAUAGAAUGUUUUAAUACAUAUCGUUUCUGAGUGUCUGUUAUAAAUAUAAGUACGUUGAAAGAGUAAAGACAAGAAAGAAAUGUCGAUUAUUAAGAAAUAAAAAUAUCCAUCAUUCUAAAUAAUGCUGACUUAAUUAAAUAUGAACGAUAUCUUAUCAAGGCACGUCAUAUUGCCCUCACGAAUGAGAUCAUCUGGUGUCAGACGGAACAAAAUAACAAAGCAAAGCGCAUGCAUAAGGUAUAUUUACAUGCGGCAUUAGAAUUAAUUAGAGAUGUGGGCAGAUAAUUGGGUUAACCGAAUAAUCACGUUUUCCCAUCAAGUUUUUCUUGACUCUCGAAUAUGAAUUGUGCAUGUGAAAUACAUCCUUCAUGCAAAUGAGUGAUUUUUUUAUAGUUUUCGAGAUUGAGAUUUUGGGUUGAGAGCCAUUUAUCUCGUUGUACCGGAGAAACAAAUUUCGGAAAUCAUACAGUUACAUUACAUUAUAUGAUUUCUUCUUGAGAUUCUACUCGUGAU